AUGGCGGCCUCGGGGCCCAGUUGUCGCAGCUGGUGUUUGUGCCCCGAGGUGCCAUCCGCUACCUUCUUGACAGCGCUGCUCUCGUUGCUGGUGUCCGGGCCCCGCCUGUUCCUCCUGCAGCCGCCCCUGGCGCCCUCGGGCCUCUCGCUGCGGUCAGAGGCCCUGCGUAACUGGCAAGUUUAUAGGCUGGUGACUUACAUCUUUGUCUAUGAGAAUCCAGUGUCCCUGCUCUGCGGUGCUGUCAUCAUCUGGCGCUUUGCGGGCAAUUUUGAGAGAAGUGUGGGCACUGUCCGCCACUGCUUCUUCACCCUGGUCUUCACCGUCAUCUCUGCCAUCAUCUACCUGUCGUUUGAGGCCGUGUCAUCGCUGACGAAGCUGGGGGAGGUGGAGGAUGCCAGAGGUUUCACCCCGGUAGCUUUUGCCAUGUUGGGGGUCAGCUCUGUCCGCACUCGGAUGAGACGGGCCCUGGUGUUUGGGGUCGUUGUGCCCUCGGUGCUGGUACCAUGGCUUCUACUGGGCGCCUCGUGGCUCAUUCCCCAGACCUCUUUCAUCAGUAAUGUCUGUGGACUCAUGAUCGGGCUGACAU